AUGAACACGGUCAGACUCGUCAAGAGAUUCGAAACAAAAUCGAACAAAAACAAGCUUUUAGCAGAAACGUGGAUUAGAAUCAGCAACUGGACUCGAUUCGGCCACUCAAAACGUCGGCCAUCAUUUCUAGGCCAUUGACAAAUUUUGCUUUUUUUUGGACUGAAUUCCGUUUAAAUUAAUGUUUAAAAAAGGCUCUACGAAUUUCUUCCGUUAGAUCUUUGUUUUAAUGCUAGUGUCAUCUUGUUCCUUUCAGAAAUGUCCUACGGUCCUCAAUUACCUGGUUGGCUCAACAAAAACAACGUAAGUAAAGUUUGAAAUGUUCAACGAGAUUUUGUCAGCUGCAGGAAACGGAAAGUGACGGAGAAGAAGCUAGUCCGCCAGUUUACGGUCCUGUGAUCCCCGGACAAGGAAAUACUUCUGAUAAUAACAAGACGGUAGGCGCAUCAAAACGAUAAUCUCACUCAAUUGAAAAAAUGUUUUCAUUUCCAGGUCGACAAAGUUCCCAGUGGUGCUAUUGGACCAUCUAUCCCUUCUGGAUUGUUUAAAAGGGAAGAUGACGAGGAAGAAAAACAGGCGCAUGUGUUCGGGCCGAUGAUUCCCAAAAUGGUUACUCCCAUUGUCGACGAAGAAGAUGUAGAAGAUGAAAAAGACUUAGGCUCGAACACAUAUGGACCCUCAAUCCCUUCUAAUUUCCGUCCACAAGUGGGUCCAGCAUACGACGAAUCGGAUGAAGAUAUUGUUAGUCUAGAACUAUAAAAAUUCCGUAAACCUAUAAUAUUUCAGGGACCAAUGCCGGUUUCAAAAGGAAACGAGGAGCGCGAAGCACUCGAAAGAGCUUACCGUUUGGCAUUGCAGAAGGAAACUGAAGAAGAGGAAAAGGUGAUGCCUUAAGACAAGUAAAACAUUUAAUGAAAUUCCGUUCAGAACGCACAGCCUAAACGUGAAGAAUGGAUGACGUCCGUUCCGAAAAAGUUGGGAAACUUUGGUUUGGGCGCAAGAACAUUCAAAAAAGGAACGGCGUCGGAAAGAGAUUCCACGUGGGAGGACGCUCCAGGAGCAAAGAAGAAGCGGAAGGACGAGCAGACAACAGUUCGAGCGCUCGGGUUAGCGGCAGCCGACGCUCGACAGGCCGCGAUUGUGGCUGAAAAGACUGCCGGGCCAUCGUUGUUGGAGCUUCAUCAGAAGAAGAGAGACGACAAAGUGAAGGAUGCGGUAAGUGAUUCAACUCAAAUUCUGAUUACAGAUUCUGAAUUUUCAGGGACUCCUUCCGGGCGAGCGUCGACCAUUCGAUCGAGAAAAAGAUAUGGAAGUGCGUGGUUUGAAACCAGGAGGCAGCAAGGAAGCCGUCGAUCGAAUGAAGGAAUUCACAAGUCGAUUCGCUAACAGCAAAGAACAACGUUUUUUGUGA